GCUUGCCGCUGACGCCAUUUGGAACCAAGGAGUGAAUUAAGUGAAAAGGACUUUUGCAAUCUUAAAGCCUUCGAAACUUGGUUCAAAUUUCCUUCAACGCUUCAUUUUUCGUUCCAAAGCACAGUUCAAGUUUUUUUCUUCCGAGUUUGUGACAACUUGGAAUGGAGUAAUAACCGUGCCGAUCCCGUUUGAUCUUUACCUCAGCUUGCAGAUUAUUGCUGAUUGGUGGUGUACCAACAAGCAACAACGGACGGGUAUAAGGGAGUGGGGGGCAGUGCUUCUCGUAACCCGGGAGGAAGUAAAGUUAUGAAAUUUGAUAGGGACGAAAUUGCUCGUUCCCUGUCCACAAGCAACAAAUGCCGAUGGAUACCUCCUUCUACUGUCGCCAGGCGAGAGGCACUCACCCAAGAAAAUAAAGAUGAGCUCACUUUUCGUAAGGUGCGCGGCAUCUUGAACAAGCUAACCCCGGAGAAAUUCAGAAAAUUAAGUGAUGACCUGUUGAACACUGAUCUCAACUCUAGUAAGAUUCUUAAAGGAGUUAUUCUUCUGAUAUUUGAAAAAGCACUAGAUGAGCCGAAGUACAGUUCUAUGUACGCUCAGCUAUGUAAGCGGCUGUCAGAAGAAGCUCCUAACUUUGAACCUCCUAAUAGCGCCUGCACCUUCCGUUUACUGCUGCUAAGCAAGUGCAAAGAUGAGUUUGAAAACAGAUCAAAAAUUGCUGAAGCCUUCGAAAAGAAUGAUGGCGUGCUAUCCGCAGAAGAGGAUGAACGACUGCAAUUGGCCAAGCGCAAGAUGCUUGGCAACAUCAAGUUUAUUGGAGAGCUUGGGAAGUUGGAGAUAUUGCACGAAGCCAUCUUACAUCGUUGUUGCCAGCAGUUAUUGGAGAAGAAAAAACAUCGCUUGGGCUCAACUAAGGACACCGCGGAAGAUUUGGAGUGCCUCUGUCAGAUAAUGAGAACCUGUGGACGCAUAUUGGACUCUGAAAAGGGCAAAACCCUUAUGAAUCAAUACUUUGAUCGCAUGGCUAGACUGGUUGAGAACCACGAGCUACCGCUGCGCAUCAGAUUCAUGCUGAAGGAUGCUAUUGAGUUGCGCAAAAACCGCUGGGUGCCUCGUAAAGCUACCAACGUUGAAGGACCAAUGCCCAUCCAACAGAUCAGGAACGAGAGCAACUCCGACCGAGGUUUCAUUUCUGGCAGCAUGCACGGCGAUGGGCGUCACCACGGUGGUUCAGAUCGAGGCCACAUGCAGGAGUUCUUCAGGAGCCCACUCCAGACCAGGGGUGGGAUGUCUGAGAUGCUGAGCCACCUGCCUCUGGGCAAUGGCGCUUCCAAUCUUCAGCAGGAUAAAUUCAAUAGCUACAAUUCAAAUGGCUACCAAUCUUCUGGUAAUUUCCGCAAUCAACGCCACUCUGGAUAUGGUGGCAGUAAUGGAGGAAAUCAACAAAACUUCUAUCCAAAUCAGGGCAGGCAGAACUUCAACAACAAGCAGCAACAGCAAAAUUUCCCAAAUCAGGGAGGAAACAAGGAAAUUGCUCCCAGGUUUAUGCAGAAGAUUAUGCAAGGACAAGUAACAAGCAACCCAGAGGAAGUAUCUCUGCGUCCUGCUGCUAAUUCGAUGCUGUUCAAGAAGAACGCAAAUCUACCCAAACCACCAAUGGGAAUGAAUUCAGGUCGUCCCAUCGAAUCUCUCCUCCCAGGAGGUCAAGCAGGCCUGAACCAAAAGAUCCCACCACAGAUGAUGCAGAAGGAGUCUCCUAUUUUGAUCAAGCAGGCAUCGCUGGACAAGAACAAAGCCUUGAAAAAAGACAAGGGACCAAAUAAGGAAGAGGUUUUGAAGAAGAUGGACUCGAUGGUGGAGGAGUACUUCAGCUCUGGCAUUGUGGCGGAUGCUAUCAGUUUCUACAAAGAGCAGAAGAUUCCGGAGAGAUUUGUCCCAGGGGUUCUUCUGGCUAUCCAAGUCAAACCUCUGGACAAGGGAGAUGAGGAGAGGGAACUCGUCUGCAGCCUGAUGGUUGCCCUGAAGAAGGAUGCAUUGAUUACAUCAACACAGUACAUGGAGUCGUUCAAGGAGCUUGUUAAUCUGAUGUCUGGGAAAGUGCAAGAGAUUCCAAGAAUAUAUUCUCAUGUUGCUGGAUACGCAGCACAUGCCAUCAUUGCUGACAUGAUCACCUUGAGUGAGGUCGCUGAGCUCACAGAGGAUGGCGCACAUUUCCCACUCUUCAUGCUUCUGCUCCAGCAGCUGCACAAAUCGAACGGGAAGGCCACUUUGGGCAAACUGUUUUCGGACAGCAAAGUGAAUCUGCUGCACAUGCUGCCCGAGGGUGACAGGACCAAGGAGUUUCUAGCACAGUAUCUGGAAGGCCUGGACUUGGGUUUUCUGCUGCCGCUCUUGAGGAUUCAAUCGGAGCUUUGGAAACAGUUACAGUCUGACCCAAAUCCGAACCAAUUCUACAAGUGGAUCAAGGAGAAUUUGGAUUCAACUCACUACGUAAAUCCAGGCUUUAUCAAUGCCUUGGUUACUGUGCUGAUCAAGUUCAUAACACAGGAAUCCACUCUAGCUGAAGGUCUUGAUGCCAGCAACCCGCCUGACAAGGCAGUGUUGGAAAAAGAGCAGGCCCUACUUGGAAAGUUCAAGCUAGUGUUGCAGUCUUUCCUGCACGAGAAAUUUGACCUGCAAGUUAUUGCUGUCUACGCCCUGCAGGUGUUUUGCCACUCUCUUCAGUUCCCGAAAGGAAUGCUUUUGCGCUGGUUCCACAAUUUGUAUGAUCUAGAAGUUAUUGAAGAGGAAGCAUUCAUGAAAUGGAAGGAGGAUAUUUCUGACGACUAUCCAGGCAAGGGAAAUGCCUUGUUCCAGGUGAAUCAGUGGCUAACCUGGCUGGCUGAAGCUGAUUACGAAGAGGAGGAAGAUGAAGAAGGUGAUGACUAAUCAGCAUUUUGACGCACCUGCCAAAAUCACCUGCAACCAUAUUUUAUAACAAAAAUUACACAACAUAUGAAGGGUUUCGGCAUUACUGUCUAUAUACAUGCAUGUACCAAAGUUAAACGUCAAGGGAGGGGGUUAUUAUCAUACAUCCAUGUUAUAGUGUCUUUUUAACUUUCAAAAAUGACUUCCAACCAAUAUUCAGCGAGAAUUUCCGCACUUGCAUCACCCAACCUGCGUGAUCAUCAAGUUUACGAUUAUAAUUUAGCUUACUUUGUGCAGUAUUUAAAGCGGACGGCGUGCGUACGAAGCGCCGUCUUGCGUUUCAUUCAGUGGUUCUGAUGCAAUUAAUUGAUGGACUUCACACUGAAGUAAAUCUAUGUAACUGCGACAAGUGAAAAUAUUGUCAUGUCUGUGUGACUGUUAUCAAGAUUCUCAUGAUGAUUUGCCAAUACGUUUAAGUUGUUUCUGUGAUCCUAGCAAGCAACAUCAAAUAUCAAUCGAAGCAGCCCCUUCUCAAGUGUCUAUGUUAGUAGCCCCCCUCUUCACUAGUUUUGGCCUCGUCACGUGAAUUCUGACCAAAUUUAAGCAGAAAUAUUCAAGUACCAGAUAUUUAAACUGAUAGCAUUAUUAUUGAUCCUGAUAUUAAUAUAUAGAAGUGAUGUGUGUUGUUGACCUUUCGUGCAGUGCUGUCGAUGCAAGAACCAAUUCCUGUCUCACUGAGGUCUCUUUUAGGAAUGAUGCUUGCAUUGGCAGCACUGAGGAGUGUAAUUUGUCAUGUAGGUUAGGUGGGUUUUAAAUUUCAGUAGCCAAAAAUGUUAAAAAUGUUGCAUUGUGACUUGGUGAGGUUGUUAACCCAGAAAAUUAAAGUAUCUACUUUAUUAGCCUGCUGCUAUUGCAGGCGGAUGCACUUAAAAACAGUAAAAUAGCCUAAUUUAACACAAAAAAAUUGAAAAAAAACUUUUAGGAAACUUGUAUCUUAAUUUAACCCCCAUUAUCCUUGGUUUGGUUCUUACUCUGUGCCUCAGUUACGUUGGAUUGUUGCCGUAUUCCACAUCUAUUAUGCUUUAUGUACUUGAAUAGCUUUGAAACAGAACUGACUUAAAUACCAUUUGGAAUUACAAUCCAUGUGAUAUCUCUAUCAUUUAUCUUCGUUUAGCAAAUUUGAAACAUAAGAGUGUCCAAGAGUUACGUAUUUAUAUUGUUUGAUUGCCUAGAUAUCAGCGAUCCCCCGUCAGGACAAAAAUUGCAAAAGUUUAUGACUGUUUGUUGACAUGAUUUGGUUCCCUCGGCACAAAACUGAUUAAUGAAAACAUUUUCAAUAAAUUUUUAUAAAGGAA